AUGUCAAAUUUUCCGAUGUCAAAGCAAAUCUUGAAGAUCGGUGAUGUCGUUGUGCCAGCUCCUGGUUUUGGUGCCAUGAGUCUUGUAGACGCUUACAAGACAAAUCGAGACGACCCUAUGUUGGUCCUAAAGAAAGCUUAUGACUUGGGUUGCCGAUUCUGGGAUACUGCUGACGUUUACAGUAACACUGGUUAUGGUGAGAGCGAGAGAUUUAUAGGUGAGUUUUUGAAGAAGUAUAAUAUUCCACGUGAGGACAUAUUUCUUUGUACUAAGUUUGGGUUCAAGAAAAACGGUUCCAAUCAAGUGAUUGAUGGUUCGCCUGAGUAUUGCAAGAUGGCUUUUGAUCGUUCUUUGAAGAACCUUGGAGUUGAUUAUGUUGAUCUUUACUAUCUACAUAGAGUUGAUCCUAAUGUUCCGAUUGAGGACAGUGUGAGUGCUAUGGCUGAGAUCCGUAAUUCGGGCAAGGCAAAGUUUCUCGGAAUAAGCGAAUGUACGGCAAAGCAGCUUCGUCGGGCAAACAGCAUCACUAAAAUUGAUGCUGUUCAGAGAGAAUAUUCUCUAUUUGAUCGGUCUGCAGAGGAAACGGGAUUAAAGGAUGCAUGUGACGAGUUGGGAGUGGCUUUUGUUGCCUACUCUCCGCUAGGCCGUGGUUUUUUAACUGGAACCUUCAAGAAGAGGGACGAUAUCAAUGAUUCGAGAAAAGAUCAUCCUCGGUUUUCGGAGGGAAAUUUCGACAAAAACCUGGAGUUGGUUCGUGUAGUGGAAGAACUUUCCAAAGCCAAGGGGGUGAAGCCUUCACAGUUUGCCCUAGCUUGGAUAUUGCAUCAGAAUGCUAUACCAAUUCCAGGUACUUCUCAUGUCGCGCGUGUCGUGGAGAAUUUUGAAUCGAGGAAUAUCCAUUUUACCGACGACGAACUCAAACAAAUAAGGAAGCGCAUCGACAAUGUGACCUUGGUUGGUCAAAGAAAAUUCCGUAUGAGCAACGUGGAUGCCUAG